GUGCGCUCUCUUGCAGGAGCCCGUUGCAGCCAUGAUGCCGGUGGCGGCCGUGAUGCCGGACGACACGCCGAUGUUUGACCCCAGCAUCCUCCACGAGCUCGACUGGAGCGAGAACACGGCGACGUUUUCCCCUGCCAUUUCCCCCUUGGACCCGGGGGAUGGCCUGGUUAUGAGACCGCUCUGCACCGCGGACUUAAAUCGAGGCUUUUUUAAGGUCCUGGGUCAGCUCACUGAGACUGGAGUUGUAAGCCCAGAGCAGUUUAUCAAAACAUUUGAACACAUGAAGAGAUCUGGAGAUUACUACGUUACUGUUAUAGAAGAUAUAAAUCUUGGGCAGAUUGUUGCUACAGCAACACUGGUUAUAGAACAUAAAUUCACUCACUCCUGUGCAAAGAGAGGAAGGAUAGAAGACGUCGUAGUAAGCGGGGAGUGCAGAGGAAAGCAGCUGGGUAAACUAUUAACAUCCACCCUUACAUUGCUCAGUAAAAGGCUGAACUGUUACAAAAUUACUCUCGAGUGUCUGCCAAAAAACGUGGCUUUCUAUAAGAAGUUUGGCUAUUCGGUAUCUGAAGAAAAUUACAUGUUUCAACGGUUCUUUAAUUAAGAACUUAGUCUUUAAUUUUUUCUUUUCGUAAGGACUGUUGGUGGAGGAGCUUGUGCGACGAACCUUCUCUUUGUGGAAAAUUUAUAUUGUUCAUUGCUGCAAAUAUAACAAUCCCUAUAAAUACUCAACGUCAAGAUGUGUAAAACCUGCAAAAAACCUUACUGACAUUUUAGAAGGGUUCUCUGUGGUAGGAGAUGAGCUCUUAGAACUAAUUUUUACUACUGUUCAGUCAAAGUGAAGCUUCUUUUGUUCUAGCUGGGUUACAAAGGAUCUUGCUAAAGGGAUGGUUUUUAACCAAAGGUAUAUAUUUUUAUC